UUCAUUCCGCUGCUACAUCAACACGGUAGGAGGAAGUGCAUUGCUUGCAGCAAUGUUUUCUUCUGCACCCGAAGAAACUGAAUUAAUUGAGAAACAUGAGGAAAUUUUGGGACAGAGAGCGGAGCUGAUGGAGCAGAUGGAGAGUCUCAGAGAGCAGCUGAGGGUCCAGAGGGGGAAGCGGGGGGAGGAGUGUGAGGCUGCACACCUCAGGAACAGCCACCUGCUGCAGGAUUUACAGCAGAUAGAGGAUCGUCUCAGAGGAGCACAGCUGCCACGGCCAAACUUCCUGGCCAUGGAGACACGAUACUGGGCGUCUGUGGAAGAGUCUCUCCCAGCCUGGGAGCACUUCCUGCUGGGUAAAGGCCCGCACCCUGCUCCUGGUCGAGGACAUUUACCAAGGAGAGCCAAACAGAGAGCCAGCACAGUAACAGACCAGGGCCUGCCCCCCUGCCCUAAACGCAGGACUGCUCCUUAGAGAGAGAGGUGGGGGGGAUGCGGGUGGUCACAUGAUUCACAGAUCACAGACUUGUUGAUUGCUUGAUGAGCAACCUCCCAACAGGGAUGGAAAAAUAAGCCACAUUUUCUCAGGAAUGGAAAUUGAUUCAGUGAUACGAACCUUGAAACAUUGUUACUCCAAUUUAUCAAGAAAAAAGAGUAUUUCUAUAUAUCGUAACAUUUUACAACAUGGUAUUUAAGCCAGCUUUAUGUGACACCAGGUUUUGGAGUGUUGACAGCAGACUGUAUAUUGUCACCAGAUGAAUUCCUUUCUGUGAUGCAGUGUUGUUUCCAGCCCAGUAGAGGGAGCCAGCGCCAUAGAUAAAAGAGGAAGCUUAACCUUUUGUUGAGGAAAUGUCCACAGUCUGCAGGAAUAAUCUUCAUAAUAAUAGAUCUCAAUCUACCUGUUUUACGGUCAGACUGGCAGUAUCUUAUUAGUUAAAGUUUGUGUUUGCCAUCACUGAAAUGAUCUUUCAAAUGUGAUCUCUAAAAUAUGUAAAGAUAUACUUUUUGAUAUUAGUCAAUGCAUUGGCCAAACAUGGUGAAUGUCUUUGGAGUUUUAGGAGGUAGAGGGUCAGUGUAAAUGUUAAUAAUUCCAUCUUUUUGGACAGACAGAACUAAACGGUAAUACUGAGUGUGUUUAAAUCACUAAGAAAACCGUUCUGCAAACAAUUACUUGCAUUACCCUAUCCUGCAGCCUGUUCAUUAUUUGGGUGAAGUGAAUGAAGGGAUAUUCUCUGGAAGCGUUGUAUGGUUUUGCUCAAAACUGUGCAUCGGGAUGAAAGUUAUGAUCAGAAUUUGUGUUGAGUUAUGUUUAUUUGUUAUGUUUUUAAACAUAUUUUUGUUCUGAAGACAUAAAACAGUUAUGCAUUGAGGACUUGUGGCAUACUUUGUUGAAAUUACCUUUAAUCGAAAUGUAUAUUUAUAUUUAAAUAAAUUAUCAUAAUUCAAAUUAAAAUAUAUGAUAUCAAUGAAUGUCUUAACAAAAUCAAUUGAUCUCAAGAUCUCCAUCAGGUAUUGCACUGGUGGAUUUUUUGUGCAGUGAGAGUGCUUCCCUUCAUGAUGUCACGGGGUCACAACAACGAC